UGGGGAGUGGGGAGUGGGGAGACAAGCGGAGGCACGUUUCUUUUGUUUGGUGUUUACUGUUUACGGGGAAAGGAAGGAGGGAUGGUGAUCUGAUUCUUGAAUGAAAGAUGCUCCUCACAUUCCUGUAUUGCUAUAUCGGCUCUUGCUAGCGGGCACGCUGGUGGCGUUGUUUGCGCCGGUAGCGCAGCCUCCUGCCCUAGGUCCGUGCUCCUCUUCCACUCUCUCCUCCGACAAGUGCAUCGAUACAACUACAUCCAAUAUCACCACCAAUAAGAAGAUCGAUUGCUUCGAGAUCGGCGUUUCAACCUCCGUCACCAUGUCCAAAGCUCGAGUCUACGCAGAUGUCAAUGUUCUCCGCCCCAAAGAAUACUGGGAUUACGAGUCUCUCACUGUUCAGUGGGGUGACCAGGAUGAUUAUGAGGUUGUUCGGAAAGUUGGGAGAGGAAAAUACAGUGAAGUUUUUGAAGGAAUAAACACUACUAGCAAUGAGCGUUGUAUCAUCAAGAUCCUUAAGCCUGUCAAGAAAAAGAAGAUAAAGCGGGAGAUAAAAAUACUUCAGAACCUUUGUGGUGGUCCAAAUAUUGUCAAGUUGCUUGAUAUUGUCAGAGAUCAGCACUCGAAGACUCCUAGCUUGAUAUUUGAAUAUGUGAACAGUACAGAUUUUAAGAUUUUGUACCCCACACUGACAGAUUAUGACAUUCGCUACUACAUAUAUGAGCUCCUCAAGGCAUUAGAUUACUGCCAUUCUCAAGGAAUUAUGCAUAGAGAUGUCAAACCUCAUAAUGUUAUGAUAGACCAUGAGCUGCGAAAACUCCGAUUGAUAGAUUGGGGUCUUGCUGAAUUCUACCAUCCUGGAAAGGAAUAUAAUGUCCGUGUGGCUUCUAGAUACUUCAAAGGGCCUGAACUCCUUGUUGAUCUUCAAGAUUAUGACUAUUCUUUGGACUUGUGGAGCCUUGGCUGCAUGUUUGCAGGAAUGAUAUUUCGCAAGGAACCAUUCUUUUAUGGUCAUGAUAACCAUGAUCAGCUUGUCAAAAUUGCCAAGGUACUUGGGACAGAUGAAUUGAAUGCAUAUUUGAAUAAAUAUCGUCUAGAGCUUGAUCCCCAACUUGAUGCUCUUGUUGGGAGGCACAGCAGGAAGCCCUGGUCAAAAUUUAUUAAUGCAGAUAAUCAGCAUCUAGUUUCUCCAGAGGCCAUUGAUUUUCUUGACAAACUCCUUCGUUAUGAUCAUCAGGAGAGGCUUACAGCAAGGGAAGCAAUGGCCCAUCCUUAUUUCUUUCAAGUGAGAGCUGCGGAGAAUAGCAGGAUGCGGACACAGUAAAAAAUGCCUAUUGAGGAUCUACAUUUCAUAUAAACUUGGGCCAGAUGGUGCUGUUGAUUUGUGAUUUAGCCUGCUUUACCAGUUACCAUUAUAUGUUUACAUAAAGCGUGGCGGCUGUGUUCCAGUUGGAGGCAGUUAUUUACACAUGAGUUUUUAUUUAAUGGUCUCGUGUUCAACUCUCUUCGGUCUGUUUGAGAGGUUAUGUUGUAUCCCUGCUCAAGGUUUUUAGUGACAAAUUUUAUGAUAGUUAUAUACAAUCUACUUUAGCUGGCUUUUAAGCAGUAGUGGAAUGACCUCUACUUGAUAAA